AGCGUGGUGGGAGUAGACACCCACCACGUUCUAUGUCCAUGAUCUAUGGGUCUAGAUAGACAGCCACUCGAGAAAAGCAACGGUAACCUUUUUAACUCGGACAGUUGGACCUAAAAAAUAUAUUUAUUUUUGACUGCUGCUGAUUCCUUGAAUUAUUGUACACUUUAAUCGCUGCCAAGACAUGACGUCUCUUGUCAACGAGGGAAAUGCGGUUCUCGUCGUGUCGGGGAGUGACGUGCCUACGGAUGACACGGCAGAUUUUAUUGCUACUAUCAAGCAACGCGUCGGGGAUUCUGGCAAAUUGCAAAUUACGAGUUUGUCAGCUGUGAAGAAGGAAAGUCAUGGUGCAUCUACAUUUGAUGUUGCCAUUGCUAUUUUUAAGCAACCAUGCACGAACGAGGACUUUUUAACGGAAGCGUUGAGAAUUCUGAAACCCGAUGGUUCGCUUGUUAUUUAUGAACCACUGUCAGCAGACAAAAAGCCAGAUACAGUACUUACAUAUCCCGAAAGGAUAUCCAGACUAAAGUUGUCUGGCUUUAAAGUAAAAGAUACAGAGCGGAAGAACUUGGACACUGAUCCAGAGAGUAAAAAUCUUUUGCUAAAAGUAUAUAGCAAUGUAGAAAAUGUUUGCAAGGUGUCGGCGAGUAAACCACCAUUUGAGGUAGGAUCCAGUGUUCCCCUUUCAUUUGCAAAAAAGCAAACUAAUGUAUGGAAAUUAGAUGACCCGGUAGAUGAAGAUUUAAUAGAUGAAGAUGAACUUUUGGAUGAGUCGGAUCUUAUAAAGCCAGAUGCAUCAUCCUUAAAAGUUUGUGCUACAACGGGCAAACGAAAAGCAUGCAAGGACUGUACAUGCGGACUCGCGGAAGAAUUAAGUGGUAAAACUGCACCAGAAGGCACUGUGAAAUCUUCUUGCGGAAGUUGCUACCUAGGAGAUGCAUUCAGAUGUGCUAGUUGUCCUUACCUUGGAAUGCCUGCCUUUAAACCCGGAGAGAAAGUACUUUUACCUGAAACUCAGCUAACUGUCGAUUCUUGAAUUUGACUUUCCUUUAUCAAAAUACAGUUACAAUGAAUGCGUAUUAUUUUUAUUUGUGUAAGUAACUGUCCUGUUAUGUGAUUCUAUUUUAUAAAUUCUAUUUCAAACAUUUUUCUUUCUUAUUUAUGUUUAAUGUGCAAAAUAGAUACUUUGUAUGUUUAAAUCUUAUAAUAGUCUAAAAUAAUUAUUCUUUAAAUAAAAAGUGUACUUAAAUUAUAA